UUACAGGAACAUAAACCACAUAAGAUAAGAGAAGUGGAUUUGUGAGUGGAAACUGGAAAGAUGCUCAGAAAUACGUCUGUAAGAGCUCAUGUAUCAAAACCCGCUAUUCUCUCAUUUGUCCACAGUCCCUAGGAAGGAAACCAAAUGGGCUGUGUCGCUUGUUGAUGAACAACACUUGUUCUCAAGGUUGUGUUUAGGUCGCAUAAGCAGCUCCUGAUUUAGAGGACAGAGAAGAGAUCUGCUGUGUCCAUCAGUCCCAGAAAGGCUUCCCUCCUUCAGCACAGAUCUGCUUGCUAACUCCAGACAGGAGAAUGCAAGAAAGGGACAUCAGUGAAGAGCUUCUGAAUGUGAGUGCAGCCACUGCAGAUGGUGGCACAGAACACGCAACAAUGAAUCGGAGUGCUCCCGAAGCUGGCAGCCUUUCGAUGAUGAUGCUGGUGCCUGAUUUACUCAAUCUGAAGGACACCUGUGGAGAGUCUCUGACCUCGAAUUCAACCAUUCAACAAGAAAUCACACCAAUGAACGUGAGUGUUCUGGAUUUUCGCUUUGACAGGAUAAUACUGACCCUGGAGUGGCUGAACAUUAUCUUCACUCUGGUUGGGCUGGCAGGAAACGCAGUUGUGCUCUGGCUCCUGGGCUUCCGCAUGCGCAGGAACGUGGUCUCUGUCUACAUCCUCAACCUGGCAGGAGCUGACUUUCUCUUCCUGGGCUGCCACCUCACAGGCUCUGUGAAUGACCUUCUCUAUGCCUUCAAUUUCACCUCUGGCACAAUUUACAGGUUUUUAUUCCCUUUGAUUAUGUGCUCCUACAUCACUGGCCUGAGCAUGCUCAGUGCCAUUAGUGCUGAGCGCUGUCUGUCUGUCCUGCGGCCCAUCUGGCACAGACACCGCCGCCCAAGACACAUGUCAGCUGUCAUAUGUGCUCUGCUCUGGGCCUUGUCCUUGCUACUGAGCGUCCUGGUACAUGUAUAUUGUUACUUAUCAGUUGGGUUUUCCUGUUAUCCAUGUCCUACAAUGUCUUUCAUCACUGCUGCAUGGCUGAUCUUUUUGUUUGUGGUUCUGUGUGGGUCCAGCCUGGCCUUGCUGGUCAGGAUUCUCUGUGGCUCCAGGAGGCUGAGACUGACCAGGCUGUAUGUGACCCUCGGGCUCACAGUGCUGGUCUUCCUCCUCUGUGGCCUGCCUGUAGGCAUCCUUCUGUCCCUGUUGUCCUGGUUUACAAGUACCAGUGACUUUAUUUACUAUAGUACCAUUACUGUGCUCAUGUCUGGUAUGAACAGCAGCAUCAACCCCUUCAUUUACUUCUUUGUUGGCUCCUUUAAGCAGAAACAGCACGAGUGGCAGAAGGGAAAAUACCUGAAAUUGAUUCUCAAGAAAGCCUUAGAGAGUGUAACUGAGGUGGAGACAAGUGGACAAAUGCGGUUUUCCUCUGGAUAGUGUGGAGAGGUCAGGAUUCCUUCCCAUUAGUGUUUCUAGGGGUUCGUUCCUGGAAGUAGAACCUCUGUAAGACUGAAAACAUGAUUGUGUAAGGUCAAACACUGACACAGAUAUAGAUAGUAUGGAUACAGGUAUAGAUAAAGUUAUAAACACAUACAUUUACGUGUGAAAAUACACAUGCACGUAUGCUCACAAAUGCACUUUUAUUUAACUAUAAGCAUUUGUCACCCACCAGGAACUCCAUCUUUGCAGCAGCCAUAGCGAGAAGCCAUACUCUCCUCACGUCCCUAAGCCAUGAUCUAUCUGCCCCAUUUUGCAUGCAAUCUUCAUAGAGAUAAAGCUAUCAAGAUCACUUCUUCUCUGUGAAUUCCUGAACACAGAUAAUUUUUGGCCCAUGUUGGCUUGGAUUGGCUGUGCAAAUCCAUCAUUUCCCUUUUUAUUGGCACCUUUAAGCACUCACUGUAACUGCAGACCUCAACCUGCUUCUACGGGAGGCUCUGUCGGACUCACCUGAGGAGGAGGACUGUGAGGGCAGCUUUGCCCCAGGAACCCUGGACGCCUGGGAAGCAGCAGGGAGCAGUGAAGAGGACCCUCUUCAUCAAACCUGGCUUUUGGAAUGAACACUGCCCUGCCACGCUUGACUGCUCCUCUCCCAGGCUCACGCCUCUGAAAUCCUCAGUGAUUCCUUGGGGUCUUGAACUGAUUUAUUUCAAUGCAAAAUGUCAGGUUUCUUCAGAGAAAGCUCUAUGUUAGUGUGUUCUACCUUACUUUAAAAGUAGAAUACUGUAUGGCUUUCUAGUAAAACUAUAUAAUAUCUGCUCUAAAUCCUUUUUUUGGACUUUUUCAU